AUGGCCUUUGCCGCGCCGAUUGUCUCGUCUCUUUUCUCACGCUUCUACCGUCCUUUCUCGACCACUUCGCCCGUUCUCUCUCUGACCCCCGAAACACAAGCGCGCAAUAUGUCCGCAACCACUGAGAAAGCCACCUUGGCAGCCGGCUGCUUCUGGGGCGUUGAGCACUUGUUCCGAAAGCAUUUUGGCAAUGGCAAGGGUCUGUUGGACGCCAAGGUUGGAUAUUGCGGCGGCAACACGUCCUCACCCUCAUACCGUGCCGUUUGCGGUGGAGAUACUGGUCAUGCCGAAGCUCUCCAAAUCUCCUACGAUUCUUCUAUCGUUUCUUACCGACAACUGCUCGAGUUCUUCUAUCGCAUGCAUGACGCAUCCACCAUGAACCGUCAAGGCCCCGAUGUCGGUACCCAGUACCGCAGCGCGAUCUUCACGCAUAGUGAUGAGCAGCAGAAGAUUGCGGAAGAGAUCACGGAAAAAGUGGGCAAGGAGUGGUACAAGAAGCCCGUCUCAACCCAAGUGGUGCCUGCCGGCCAAUGGUGGGACGCCGAAGAGUACCACCAGCUCUAUCUGACCAAGAACCCGGCCGGAUACGAGUGCCCGGCUCAAAUUCGAAAGGUGAAAUGCGGGGAGGAAAAGCCUCACUGUGUGCGUUGCACCAGCACAGGCCGCAAAUGCGACUAUGAUCAUGGAGUCACCCAUCGAACCGUCAAAGCGGGUUCGGUGGUCCGGCAGACGCCUCCAAAGUCGUUAUCGUUAUGGCCGAAUGCGAUGUGGCGAGAACGGCGCGCCUUUGCCUACUACUACCAAAACGCCGCAUCGGCUGUUGGAGGCGAGUUAGACAUGGACUUUUGGCAGCGGCUUGUUCCACGGGUAUGCCAAAGUGAGCCCGCCGUUUGGGAUGCCCUCAUCUCGAUCAGUGCCCUCUUUGAGAGUCCCGAGACGAUCUCGGUUGCAAGGAAGAAUCAAAACCACCGAGACGCGCUGGAGUGGUACUCGCGCGCGCUCUCCCAGGUGCGCCAGCAGAUCGCCCGUGGCGCAGUCGACACUUUUGUUGGGCUUAUCAGUUGCAUGUUGUUUCUCUGCAUUGAAGCCCUCCGAGGGGGAGUCGAAGAGGCCAUUCAGCUUUAUGGCCAGGGCGUGCAAUUAAUUCUUGCUUUGCGUGCACAAAUCGCCGCCGGCUGGGCGACGGCUACAGAGGCCGCCGUGUUGGAUGAGACGAUUAUACCCAUCUUCAUACGUCUUGGCCUCAUAGGCUUCAGCUUCUCACAGCCGAAACUUGCUCUGCUACGAGAAGCUGCAUCGACACCAAAGCGCGCCGAUAUCUCGUGGAGAUCUCUUCGAAACGAGAUUGCCCGUCUGGGCGUCGAGACCCAAUUUUUGCAACACGCCUGCGAGGAGCAUCUGUUGAGCGCGGAUGGUCCAUAUGUCCCCAAGGAGCUUCUUGAUCUACAGAACAAUCUCUCGCUCGAAUUGAGCAAUUGGUACACGGCCUUUUUGUCCUUGAAGAGUUCACAGGUGAACGACACUGGGACCAUUGCUCUCUUCACAGCAACCUACGAAGCGCUUUACAUUAUGUUGAAUAUUUCAACCUCAUCAUCGGAAGUGAUCACCGAUCAAUUUUUACCCAACUUUCAGACCAUCGUGGAUCAAUCCCGCAUUGCCUUGGAUGCCUCCCUCCGCUGCGAUGGCACUCAACCACCUAUUACCUUCGACAUCAACCCCGGGGUUGUACUUUGGUUUACCUGUUUGCGAUGCCGAGAGCCUUCGAUACGGCGCGAGGCUAUCGCGCUAUUGCGGCGCUCCCCGCGCGUCCAAGGAUUCCACAGCAGCUCAUCAGCCGUGAUAUUUGGGGAGAGAAUCAUGCAUUUUGAAGAAGUGAAGAGCAUCGCAAUCACACAGUAUUCAGCAACAAUUGAUCCUUCAAUCCCAACGAUUCCCAUCAGCGUGCGCCCCAUCUCCUCCAGUCAGAGCCGGGAUUCGAGUUCAAACCUUCAAGGCGAAGCCUCUCGAAUCCGUUGCUCCCUCGCUGACCAGAUUCCAGAAGAGGCGCGCAUCGGACAUUUCACAGUUCUCCAGCCAGAAGUCGGAUCUUCCGCAAGCCUCACCCCGGAAGUCAUUGCCAAAUGGAAUCUUCCCCGGGACCAACCCAUUCUCAGCUUCUGGCGGAAUGAGCGCCAUCCAGUCGAUCAAAGCUGGCGUAUGGUUUGUGAAUAUGUUCCAAUGGGCGUUGUACCUUGA